UCACCCUUCUAGAAGCUUCUACGGUGCCUCUCACUACCAACUUGACUACUCUCUUGACAAAGAACAUCACUGACUGAUCACUCUCCUUACUGCCGCUAAUGGCGUCCAGUUGUCCCGUAGAGCCGAUGGAAUGCGACACCAGCUCCCCACACUUGGACCCAGAGUUAGCAGAGCAACACAAAGCUGCUGGGAACACUGCCUACAAGGACCAUGAUUAUGAGAGAGCUAGACAAUGCUAUUCUGAUGCCAUACAUGCUUCUCCUGGCUGUGCCAUGUAUUAUGGUAACAGAUCUGCUGCUCUGAUGAUGCUACACCUCUGGUCUCUGGCUCUCGAUGAUUGUACACGUGCUAUUCAACUAGACGAGGUGUACACUAAAGGAUAUCUGAGAGCGGCCAAGUGCCACCUCAUGCUGGGCAAUCCAUCUCUCUCCAUUGAUUAUUAUCAGAAGGUGUUGGGUUUUGAGCGAGGGAACAAACAAGCGCUGGCUGAGAUGGAGGUGUCACGUAAUGUACUCUCAGGUUUAGAGCGUGCUGAACAAGAAGCCAACAAGAAAGAGUAUCGAACAGCUGUGUACUACCUGGACUGCUGUCUGAGGGACGCUCCCUGUGCCAAGUUCAAGACUCUCAAAGCGGAAGCGCUCGUCUACUCUAAGCUCUAUGAUGAGGCACAAGGCUUGGCUAAUGAUCUGCUGAGAGCUGAUUCCAACAAUGUGGAUGCUGUCUACAUCAAAGCAAUGUGCUUCUACUAUCAAGACAUGCAGGACAAGGCCAAGAGGUUCUUCACACAAGCACUCAAAAUGGACCCUGAUCACUCAAAGUCUCGACAAGCUAUGAAGAAGAACAAGUAUCUCCUCCAGAGGAAGGAGGAAGGUAACCUUGCCUUCAAGACUGGUGACUAUGCUAGGGCACAUGAGUUAUACUCUGAGGCACUUGCUAUUGACCCUCUCAACACCGCCACAAAUGCUAAGCUCUACUGUAACAGAGCUCUGGCUGGAUCAAAGCUUAGUAGAGUGAAGGAGGCCAUUGCUGACUGCACUGAAGCCAUUUCAUUGGACGGCAACUACUUGCGAGCUUAUCAGAGGAGAGCAACAUUAUACCAGACAGCGGAGGCACACGAGGAAGCAGUGAGGGACUGUGAGAAGGUGUGUCAGUUGGAACACUCUCGGGAUAAUGAUGCUACUCUUAGAGAGGCUAAACGACAACUCAAACUAAGCCAACGCAAAGACUACUACAAGAUCCUUGGUGUGGCCAAGAGUGCCUCAGGGGAUGAGAUUAAGAAAGCAUUUCGUAAGCUAGCCCUCAAGCAUCACCCUGAUCGCCACUCCACUGCUGAGCCUCAAGUACGUGAAGCAGAGGAGAAGAUAUUUAAAGAGAUCAGUUCUGCCUAUUCCAUUCUCUCUGACCCUGAAAAGAAGAGCCGCUAUGACAGUGGACAAGACCUCGAGGAAAUGGGCAUGGAUAUGGACUUUGACCCCACUGAGUUGUUUGCCAACAUGUUUUCGUUUGGAGGGUCACCUUUCAGCAGUGGUGGUGGGCGGCGAGGGGGCGGAGGGGGUGGACCAGGGCACUUCUUCAGUUUCCAAGGAGGACCCGGAGGAAUGCCAUUCGAGUUCUCAUAAUUAACUAUUGAGAAAUUAUUAUUUUUAUGUUGUCAUAGUAAUUAUAUUAAAUUGCAAUGUUUCUACAAAAUAUACAUUUUUUCUAUGACACAA